AUGAACAGCUGUUGUGCAGGGCGGGGGGGGUGGGGGGUUCAGAGGAGGGCGUGGGGGUAUGUUCCGUCCUGGUCUAGUUCUAAUCUACCAUAUUUGUCGGUGGACUCCCAGCAUAAGAUGACUCUCCAGUGGACUGUGGUGGCUAUCUUCCUUUAUGUGGAGAUAGCUGUCAUUCUGAUCCUUUGUCUGCCUUUUAUAUCUGCCAAAAGAUGGCGAUCACUGUUCAACCUGAGUGUAUGGAACUGGUUUGCUCCGUAUUGGAACAGGGGAUUCUUUACCAUGAUACUCAUCCUCAUCAUUCUCUUCUGUGAUGCUCUGAGAGAGGUGAGGAAGUACUCCAAUGCAGAGCCCAUGGGAGAAGCCAAGCUGAACCCCAACUUGUUUGACCACCUCCACAUGAAGCUGUUCAGAGCCCAGAGGAACCUCUACAUCUCUGGCUUCUCCCUCUUCCUCUGGCUUGUGAUGCGGCGUGUGGUGACUCUGAUAAACCAGGUGGCCAUCGCUACGGUAACAGGGACCAGCCUGCAAACCCAGGCGGAGAGCGCCAAUCAGGCAGCCAAGAAGUACCAGGAGGACAACCUGCUUCUGAAACAGGCUCUGCUGGAUGAGGAGAAAAACACAACUGCAGGCAAACGGCUACUGAGGAAGGAGGCAGAGAAGUUGAUGGAGGAACUGAAGACUGCAGAGGAUGCUGUGCGUAAGUCUAACGCUGAGGUGGAGGCCAUGAAGAGGCAGGCUAACGGUCUGACAAAGGAGUAUGACAGACUGUUGACAGAGCACAACGAACUACAGAAUCUUCAGGUUGGAGCUGGAGACAAGAAGGAUCAAUAGGAGGGACUGGAUCCAAAUCGUUGAUCCAGAUGACUAGUGUCAAAGACAGAAGGUAGCCAGCCACAGUGAUUUCACAUGGAUACCAGCUAUUCAGCUCAGCAACUCUUCAUUCAUCUCUGUCCUAUCUAUACUGUACUGUGCAUGGGGGGAAAAAAGGGUACAGUUAUUCGACACUUGUUAUUCAAUGUAUAGACAUGCAUUUGUAUUUUAACUAAGACAGGGAGCUACAAUUGUGUCAUGUUUGAAGAAGGAACAGAGGAUUUUGUGUCUGUAAACAUAUGGUCUUAAAUUCCUUCUCUGGAGCUCAUGUAAUGUCCUUGGUUAAUUGCUUUGCCGUUUUAAAUCAUAGUAUAGUAUAUUAGUACUUUAAAGUAUAAUACUUGUAUCGUAUGUACUCAAAGUGCAUUAUGCUAAUAUGCAGAGUGUUCAGCAAAAUCCCGUUUUACAUCUGUACCAAGUGGGCAAAACUGGUUGAAAUAAUGUCACUGUUUACAACCAGAACUGGUUACGGGGAGGGUAUACCCCCAGAUCAACUGUGAAUAUGUUUUUGCUGAGUACCAUGAAGUGGCAUGAUCCUCUUGUGUUCAAUGAUUAAAAGAGAAACAUUUGAAGAAAUCCAACGUUUGAGGCAUUAUGUACAGUAGAAGGAAAGCACAAACUGAAGAGGUAAUGUAGGAAGACAGGACAGGUAAUGUAGGUAAGAUGUGGGACGACAGGACAGGGAAUGUAGAUGAGAUGUGGGAAGACAGGACAGGUAAUGUAGAUGAGAUGUGGGAAGACAGGACAAGUAAUGUAGGAAGACAGGACAGGUAAUGUAGAUGAGAUGUGGGACGACAGGACAGGGAAUGUAGAUGAGAUGUGGGAAGACAGGACAGGUAAUGUAGAUGAGAUGUGGGAAGACAGGACAGGUAAUGUAGAUGAGAUGUGGGAAGACAGGACAGGGAAUGUAGAUGAGAUGUGGGAAGACAGGACAGGUAUUGUAGAUGAGAUGUGGGAAGACAGGACAGGUAAUGUAGGAAGACAGGACAGGUAAUGUAGAUGAGAUGUGGGACGACAGGACAGGGAAUGUAGAUGAGAUGUGGGAAGACAGGACAGGUAAUGUAGAUGAGAUGUGGGAAGACAGGACAGGUAUCGUAGAUGAGAUGUGGGAAGACAGGACAGGUAAUGUAGAUGAGAUGUGGGAAGACAGGACAGGUAUUGUAGAUGAGAUGUGGGAAGACAGGACAGGUAUUGUAGAUGAGAUGUGGGAAGACAGGACAAGUAUUAUAGGUAAGAUGUGGGAAGACAGGACAGG